AUGUCAUUUAGUAUUGUAGGAUAUAUAUGUGAUGCUCCAGCUCGAGCUUUAGUAAAAGUUAUUAAACGACAUAAUGGAUAUUUUGGUUGUGAAAAAUGUGAAGUUGAGGGAAACUAUAUAAAUAACCGUAUGAGUUUUGCUGAAAUUUCAGCUCCACAUCGAUCUAACGAUCGAUUAGCUGCUGCUAGUUAUGAUGAUCAUUGUCAAGGAAAAUCUCCUCUUGUAAAAAUUCCAGGAACUAAACUAGUGACUCAUUUUCCGUUAGAUUGCUUACACUUAAUUUAUCUUGGUGCUGUAAGAAAAAUAUUAUUAUUAUUAACUAAAGGUCCUCUUACUGUUAGACUUUCAGGUGCUACAGUACAAAAUAUUUCUCAUCAGCUUGUCAAAUUAAGUAAAACUAUAACAUCAGAUUUUGCAAGAAAAUGUAGAUCACUAUCUGAGCUAUGUCAUUGGAAAGGUACCGAAUUCAGAUUUUUUAUUUUAUAUAUUGGACCUAUAGUUUUGAAAAAUAUUUUAAAUCCCAACUUGUAUGUACAUUUUAUGAUCCUGCAUGUUGCUGUUCGGAUACUAUCUUCCCCUGAGUAUAUAAUUGAUUUGAUUGAUUAUGCUGAAGAGUUAUUAAUACACUUUGUUAGGGAAUUUAGCGUAUUGUAUGGUGAAGAAUUUGUGUCUUAUAAUAUACAUAAUUUAAUUCAUUUAGCUGAGGAUUGUAGGUCAUAUGGAACAUUAGACACAUUUAGUACUUUUCCUUUUGAGAAUAGCUUUCAAAUCAUUAAAAGAAAAUUAAAAAAAUCUACACAACCAUUAGCUCAAUUGCGCAAUAGAGAAUUAGAGAACCGUAAAAUAUUACAAUGUUUACCUAAUACUCUUGACUUUCCAAUGUUAGGGAAAAUAAAUAAUGAUGGCCCAUUUAUUUCUGGACUUGUUGGUGAUUCGUUUAAAUCAGUUAAAACUAAACGAUUUAAACUUACUACUUAUGCACCUAAUAAUUGUUGUAUUGUUGAUGAUGGAUCAAUUGUAUUGGUAGAGAAUAUUAUUCAAACAAAUGAUGAAAUUAUUUUGGUGUGUAGACAAUUUUUGAAUGUUUGUGAUUUAUUUAAUUGCCCGAUGCCAUCAAAUGUUAUUGGAAUAUUUUUAUGUAGUGGUUUAUCAGAACUUAUGUUAGUAAAAUUAAUUAAUAUAAAAUGUAAAGCUAUAAAAAUGCCAAAAUCUUGUGAAGGAGUUCUAGAAAAAUUUGCAAUAUUAUCAAUUUUGCACCAAAAUUCAUAA